AUGGCCACGCUGUCCCACCUGCGGCGGAUGCUGACGCCCCUCGCGCGCUCCGGGAAGCUCGCCAAGCCGCGCCAGCUCCACAACACGCACUGGGGGCUGGUGUGCCCGGCGGAGACUCCAGAGGGGCAAGCUGUUGGACUAGUCAAGAACAUAUCCCUCAUGUGCUACAUUUCCUUAGGUUCCCCACAGACUAUCAUCGAGGAUUUCCUCGACGAGUGGGGAGUGCUUGACUUGAUGGAGUGCUCGCCCGAGCACAUCAAAAAGUAUGCCAAGGUUUUCCUCAACGGGAUCUGGGUGGGCAUGCACGAGAAGCCAGCCCAGCUGAGAAACACGCUCCUCUCCCUCAGGCGAAGAAAGGAUAUCGAUUCAGAGGUCUCAAUCCAGCAGGACCUCAAGAAUAAGGAGAUCAGGAUCGCGACAGAUUGUGGCAGAGCCACCCGACCGCUGUACAUUGUAGACUACGAGGCACAGAAGACCCUGAUCAACUACUCGCACGUCAAAAAGGUGAAGGACGGAGAGUGGGCCUGGGGCGACCUGAUGCGAAACGGCUUGGUGGAGUACCUGGACGCCGAGGAGGAGGAGUGCUCCAUGAUAUCGAUGUUCGUAGAGGAUCUGGUGAAGAUGCGCGCGUACUGCAAGACAUGGACGCACGCAGAAAUCCACCCCGCCAUGAUUUUCGGCAUCUGUGCCUCCAUCAUUCCGUUCCCGGACCAUAACAUGAGUCCUCGCAAUGUCUUCCAGUCAGCCAUGGGCAAGCAGGCGAUCGGUGUUUUUGGCACAAACUUCUACGCUCGAAUGGACACGUUCGCGUGCGUCAUGUGCUACCCCAUGAAGCCGUUCGUCGGGACGCGGUCCAUGAAUUACCUUCGUUUCAGGGAGAUGCCCGCUGGAGUCAACACCAUGGUGUUCAUCAUGUGCUACACGGGCUACAACCAGGAAGACUCUCUCAUGCUUAGCCAGUCUGCCGUGGACAGGGGCUUCAUGCGUGCCGUAUCUUACCGCUGCUACGCGGCAGAGGAGAAAGCACAGGGCGGCAAGCCGAUCGACACGUUCGAGAACCCGACGCAGUUCCGCUGCAUGGGGAUGCGCAAGGGCGAUUACAGCAAGCUCGACCACGACGGGCUGGCAUGCCCCGGAUCGCGCGUGCUGGGCGACGAUAUCAUCAUCGGCAGGACCACCGUGUUGCCCCCCGACAUCAACAAAGACGUGAAGGUGGGCGUGCCAAAGUACGACCGAAAGGACGCGUCCGUGUGCGUCCGGACCGCGGAGUUUGGUAUUGUCGACCAAGUGAUGCUGAGCUUGAAUAAGGAGGGCUUCAAAUUCACCAAGGUCCGGCUGCGCACACUCAAGAUCCCAGAAGUUGGCGACAAGUUCGCGUCACGACAUGGCCAGAAAGGGACCUUGGGCAUCAUGUACCGUCAGGAGGAUAUGCCGUGGAGCCACUUCGGCAUGACGCCAGACAUCGUCAUGAACCCCCACGCCAUUCCGUCCCGGAUGACAAUUGGCCACUUGGUCGAGCAGUUGACUGGCAAGGUUGGUUCCCUCGUGGGAUGUCAGGGCGACGCCACGCCCUUCACUCGUGUGACCGUGAAGGACAUCGCUGGGAGACUACACGACAUGGGUUUCCAAAGGUACGGAAACGAGCGGGUCAUUAACGGCCAUACUGGCAGGCCCUUGACGAACAAGAUUUUUGUGGGUCCCGUGUACUACCAGCGAUUGAAGCACAUGGUCAGCGACAAGGUGCAGUCGCGGUCGCGCGGUCCAGUGCAGUCACUCGUGAGGCAGCCUACAGAAGGGCGCGCCAAAGAGGGCGGCCUGCGCUUCGGCGAGAUGGAGCGCGACUGCAUCAUCUCGCACGGCUCGGCCAAGUUCCUGAAGGAGCGCCUCUUCGACGUGUCCGACGCGUACCGCCUCCAUGUGUGCGACACGUGCGGCUUGUUCGCGGUGGCCAGACUCAAGAAGAACACGUUCGAGUGCAAGCUGUGCAAGGACAAGGUGGUUGAGCCUGCCGACCCGCUCGCGCAGCUCAAGCAGCUGGUCGCCUCGCUCACCGCCGUCCAGGGGAAUCCCAAGGCCGCCGAGGUCGCCGACGCGCUCAGCAACCUCGUGCCCGUGCUGCUCGAGGUGGAGGAGAUCGUGCCCGUCGGCGCGCUCUCCCCGGAGGAGAUUCAUCUUCCUGGAAUAUAUGUGCAGCGCGUCAUCAAAGGGGAUAGCUAUGAGAAGCGCAUCGAGAAGCGCACCCUCUCGUCCGGCGCGGGUGGGAUCAAGGUGGACCCCGUGCGCGAGCUCAUCGCCAAGCGCGCCGCGCAGGACUUGCACAACGGCAUGUACGUGAAUCUAGGCAUUGGCGUACCUACGCUGGUGAGCAACUACCUGGCGCCAGGGGUGCACAUCGAGCUCCAGAGCGAGAACGGCCUCCUGGGCAUCGGGCCGUACCCGACGGAGGCCGAGGUCGACCCCGACCUCAUCAACGCGGGCAAGGAAACGAUCACCACGAUCCCCGGCAGCUCCACGUUCGCAUCCUCCGACUCCUUCGCCAUGAUUCGUGGAGGCCACGUCGACAUGACGAUCCUGGGCGCCAUGGAGGUCGCGGCCAACGGCGACCUCGCGAAUUGGAUCAUCCCGGUUAAGAUGGUGAAGGGCAUGGGAGGCGCGAUGGACCUGGUCUCCUCCGACUCCAAGGUGCUGGUCGUCAUGGAGCACCUCGCCAAGGGCGGCAGGCACAAGCUGAAGCAGCGGUGCGACCUCCCGCUCACGGGCGCCCGCGUCGUGGAUCGAUGCAUCACUGAGAUGGGGGUCUUCGACUUUGCGAAGACUGAUUUGGAGGCCUCUCCCAUCCUCGUUGAGAUCGCCCCGGGCGUGACUGUGGACGCCAUUCGCGAGGCGACAGGCUUCGAGUUCCGAGUGGCGGCUGGGCGAGCACGAAAUGGAGUCUUCUUGGGCCUCAGCAGGGGCAUCGGCCCUGGUCCUGGGUUGGCGGCGUGACGGCGCGAGGGGGGCGGCCUUCUCAGGAGGCGGGGGUGCUUCGGAGAAGGCAGGAGGUUCCUGAGAGAAGCCCCUCCGGCCAGUCAGCCCGCAUAGUAAGGAUCAGCAACCUUCCCAACGGGGACCCUCGCAUCCCUGCCUCCUCGGCCCAUCCUUGGCCACUCUCGUUGCCCGCGCCCCGCUCUAGAUGCUUCGACACAGGCGCCCGCGCCACCAAAAGGUACACCAACAAGGGUCCAUGACGACGACGUCUGCUCGGUAUAGGUAUGGGUCUGUGUUGUUUGACGUCGUCUUUCUGUUGGUGGUUUCUGCUUCAGGG